GUGGCAGGAGAAGGCUGGGGCUGCUGCCGAGUCCUUCCGCCGCCCGCUGGACGCGGGCCCGAUCCUCGAGGAGCUGAUGCGAGAGUUCCCAGGGUCGCUUGGGGUCUACGUGGACAAGUUUAUGCACAGCGGGCAUCGGCCAACUAGACGGGGGCGGCUGCAGCGUGAUCUGCUACCGCUACCCUGUCCCGAUCUUGAAGCUGCGGACUUCACCGUGGAGGAGAAGAUUGACCCAGGCGACCUGGCCUCGCUGCAGUCUCGCUUGAGGGUGAUCGUGAUGGCUAUGAACUGGGAGGCUGGCUACCGCCACCUGAGUUGGGCCGACGUCUGCGGGCCGGAGCCGAAUGCGGCCCAGCGCUCGGCCCUCCUCGGGAUUGCGCGGCGCGUCUACUCGAGCGUCGCGCCCGAGCCCGCCCUGGCCGGGGCCCUCGACUGGUCCGAGAAACUGAAGGACCGGGCCAUCGCGCACGACGGGUCGGAGGUCUCUACGCCGAGCAAGAUCACGCUCGAGCAGAUCGAGGGCGGCCUGCCGCCUGUGUGGGUAGCCGCCCCCAUCGAGGCCGCGGAUCUCGCCGCGGGCUUCGUGCGGGCGGCGCUGCUGGACCCCCCCCUGGUCCUCCUACCGCCGGCUCAGAGGCGCCCCGCGCCGACCUCGACGCGCGCCUGGGCGACGGCGCAGGAGUGGGAGCAGGUGGUGAGUGUCCUGUUUGCUCGCGGGAUGGUCGGCCCGAUCGACGAGGGCGAGAUCGCGACCAGAAACGGGGUCCCCUUGAUCAACGGGGCCUUCGGCGUGGCGAAGGUGCACGACGCGCCAGUCCGCUGCGGCGAUGGCGAGGAGCGGCCCGUCCUUCGGCUCAUCGUCAACCUGAUCCCCGCGAACGCGUGCCAGCGCACCAUCGCGGGGGACACCCCCGUCAUGCCGACGAUGGGGCAGCUGAACGGCGGGCUGGCGUUCUUCUACGUAUUCAGGGCGCCCCCCGCCUGGUGGCCCUACAUGGCGCCGGGGCCGCCGGUGCCGCGGCGGCUGGUGGGCGGCAGCGGUGACGGGCUGACCAGCAUCGCACUGGGGGUCAUCGGCAUGGGCUGGAUCAGCGCGGUCGGGGUUACGACGCACCUCCGCCGCAACAUGCUGAGGCGGUCGGCCCUGGUCCCCCGCGGGCUGCCGCCUGCGGCCGAGGUGGUGCGCGCCCGCCGCCUGCCCGCGGAGGCCCAGGCAAGAGGCGUCGCGAUGUGGUUCAUCUACAUCGACAACCUCGAGAUCGCGGAGAUCGUGUCGAGUGAGGAGGCCGUCAAGCUGAAGGGGACCAUCCCCGAGAUGCUGAGCCGGGCGUCGGCCUGCUACGAGGAGGCUAAGUCUCCCGGAUCGCCGGGCAAGGAUGUCCACCGUGCCCAGCAGGUGUCCACGUUGGGAGACCUCGUGGAUGGCGAGGCUGGCGUGCGGCGGCCGCCGCUGGGCUACGUCACGGAGCUCACGAGCCUGACGCUGUGGUUCCUGGCGAAGAGGCCGCCCGCCGCCGCCUUCGUGAACGCUUGGAAGUGGCUGGCGUCGGGCCGUUCGGUCGGGCCCAUCACCCUGGGCGUCGCCGAGGACCUGCUGAUCGCGGCCGCGCUCGCGCCGCUUAGCGUGGCGGACAUGCGGCUGACCGUCGACCACCUCGCGACGGCGUCCGACGCCUCGGAGGCCGCGGGGGCGAUCCUCUACUCCCAAGGGCUGUCGGACAUGGGCCGCGCCCUUGGGGCCAGGGGCCCGCGGGCCCUCAACCCGGCCUGCGAGGAGGGCGUCGCGCUGAUCUCCGUCUUCUCGGGGGUCGACGGGGCGCGCCGGGCCUUCGAGAUCCUGGGCCUGGUCCCUGCGGCGCACCUGUCGUUCGAGGUUGACGCCGAUGCUGUGCGUGUGGCUCGGCGGGCGUACCCCAGCACCGUGCGCCUGGGGGGCGUCACGGCUGCAGAUCCCGCGCAUCUGGCACGCCUCCAGCGGGGCCACGGCCGCGUCGCGAAGGUGAUCGUGAUCGGGGGGUUCCCUUGCCAGGGCGUCGCGGUGUUGAACGUGGCCCGCGAGGGGAGCGCUGACCCGAGGUCACAGCUGGUGGGCCACAUGCGGAGGCUCAUCGAGGGGCUGAGGCGCGAGCGGCCCGAGGCCACGGUGGACUUCCUCGGGGAGAACGCGGCGCCCAUGGCGGAGGACGAGGUCCUGGCCUUGAACGAGAUGUUCGGCCGAGUGCCGGUGUCCCUCGACGCAGCGGACCUGGGCUGGGUCCGCCGCCCGCGGCUGUACUGGCUGUCGUGGGACCUGCUGCCCUCCUUCGAGAUGUCGGCCGAGAUGAAGGCGGCGGCGGAUGGCGCCCGGCCGCGGGUCUGCCGAGUGCAGCUGGUGACGGAGCUGCCGCCCGUGUCGGAGUGGCUGCCGCGCGGGGCCUCCUGGCCCGGGGCCGCCGAAGGCGGCCGCCUGCCGACCUUCGCGCGCUGGGCGCCGCGGAGCUCGCCUCGGCCGCGGCCCGCGGGGCUCCGCCAGUGCACGCCGAAGGAGGUGGCGCGCUGGACGGCAGCGGGCUACGCAGCCCCGCCCUACCAGUUUCGGGACUGCUUCUGCCUGCAUUGGGCGGAUGGGCGGAAGGAGCCGCCGCGGGCAGUGGAGCGCGAGGUGCUGAUGGGCUUCAGGCGGGGCCACGCCGUGCCCUGUAUGAGCAGCUCCGCCGCCAAGAGCGACCCCGAGCGCUUCGAGGCCUUGCGGCGGUCGCUCGUGGGGAACUCGUUCCAGUGCGAGGUCGUGGCCUGGUUGCUGAGCCAUUGGGCGGUGCACCACUCGCUGCUGGUGGCAGUGCCGUCCCUGCGGAGCCUCCACGAGAGCUCGAGGAGCUGGUCGAUGGGCCGCGAGCUCUGGGCCGGCGACGUGGAGACGCUGCGGUGUGGGCGCGAGGCCGUGUGCGAGGAGAACCUGCACCUGCUGGAGGAGGCUGGCCGCGUGCCCGCAGCAGGCGCUGGGCAGGAGACGCGCGCCGUCUACGUCGGCCGCGGCUCGCGCCGCUGGGGGCUCGGCCCCUCCAAGUGGGGGAACCCGUGCCCCGUGGUGCCGGGGCGGCCGGCCGGCGACGCCGUGGCGCUGUUCGCGGGCUGGCUGCGCUCCCAGCCCAAGCUCCUGGACCAGCUGGGAGAGCUGGAGGGGGCUCGGCUGCUCUGCCACUGCCCCUCAGGCCAGGCCUGCCACGCGGACGUCCUGCUGGCGGAGCUGGAGCAGCGGGGCAAGGGGUGCUCCCGGCCCUUCCUGGAGCACCAGAGGGUGGUGGCCUCGCUGGUGAUGACGUGUCACCACUCGGGCGCCGACCUUCGAGUGGAUACCGAUGCAGAGACGUGGCAAGAUGUUCCCACGGCAAGAGAUCGAUGCUGGCAUUUGGAAGUGGAAGGUCGCACGCCAGCUCGUUUGGCAAGACCACACCAAGCCAAGCACAUCAAUGUGUUAGAGUGCGAGGCUGCGCUGAUGGCCCUGCGUUGGCGGGCCCGGUCAGUCUCACGACAGAUGCGCGUCCUCCUUCACCUGCUCGACAGCAUGGCGAAUAUCGGUGCUCUUGCCAAGCACCGGUCUUCGAGCCAGCAGCUCAACAAG